AUCCUCCAGCAUGGCGGCGGCGGCGCUGCGGGCAGGCUGGUGCCGCUGCCCGCGGAGAUGUGUUGGCAGCGGAGUCCAUCUCCUGUCCAGCCACAAUCUAGUGCCACUGCCCCAUGGUACCUACCAGCUGCCCCGGCCUAGUGGAGAGCUGACCCUGGUGAGUGACUCAAGACGUGAGCGAGCCGGCUGGAAGGGGCGGUGUGAGGGUCAGGCACAGUCCAAAUCCUAUUCCUCUGGAAGCAGAAAAGGCUUUCUCUCCGGCUUGCUCGAUAACAUCAAACAGGAAUUAGCCAAAAACAAAGAAAUGAAAGAAAGUAUAAAAAAGUUCCGAGACGAGGCCAAGAAGCUGGAAGAGUCAGAUGCGCUCCAGGAAGCCAGGAGGAAAUACAGAACCAUUGAAUCGGAAACCCUGCGGACAAGCGAGGUGAUCAGGAAGAAGCUGGGGGAGAUCACAGGCACCGUCAAGGAGAGUCUUGACGAAGUCAGUAAAAGUGACCUUGGCCGGAAAAUCAAGGAAGGUGUGGAAGAAGCAGCCAAGACCGCCAAGCAGUCUGCCGAGUCAGUGUCCAAAGGCGGGGAGAGGCUUGGCCGGACUGCUGCCUUCAAAGCCCUCUCCCAGGGCGUGGAGUCUGUCAAGAAGGAGAUCGACGAGAGCGUCCUGGGACAGACCGGGCCCUAUCGGCGACCUGAGCGGCUCCGGAAAAGGAAGGAGUUCGCUGGAGAGAAAUUCAAGGAAGAGAAAGUAUUUGAGGCCAAUGAAGAGGCGCUGGGGGUUGUGCUGCACAAGGAUUCCAAGUGGUACCAGCAGUGGAAGGACUUCAGGGACAACAAUGUGGUGUUCAAUCGGUUCUUCGAGAUGAAGAUGAAGUAUGACGAGAGCGACAACGCCUUCAUCCGGGCAUCCCGUGUGCUGACAGACAAGGUCACGGACUUGCUGGGGGGCCUGUUCUCGAAGACAGAGAUGUCAGAGGUGCUCACAGAGAUCCUGCGUGUGGACCCCGCCUUUGACAAGGACCGCUUCCUGCAGCAGUGCGAGAACGACAUCAUCCCCAACGUCCUGGAGGCCAUGAUUUCUGGGGAACUCGACAUUCUCAAAGACUGGUGCUAUGAAGCUACCUACAGCCAGCUGGCCCACCCGAUCCAACAGGCCAAGGCUCUGGGCCUCCAGUUCCACUCCCGUAUCCUGGACAUUGACAACAUCGAUCUGGCCAUGGGCAAGAUGAUGGAGCAGGGGCCAGUGCUGAUCAUCACCUUCCAGGCCCAGAUGGUGAUGGUGAUCAAGAACCCCAAAGGCGAGGUGGUCGAGGGCGACCCGGACAAGGUACUGCGAAUGCUGUAUGUGUGGGCUCUCUGCCGAGACCAGGAUGAGCUGAACCCCUAUGCAGCCUGGCGGCUCCUGGACAUCUCGGCCUCCAGCACAGAGCAGGUCCUCUGAGCAUGGCGGCCAUGCCCGGGCCCUCAGGGCUGACCCUCACUGUGGACAUGCAGGGAACUGGCGUCCACCUGCAGUAGCCAGACCUCUGGGGACAGGACUGUCAGCUCUGCCCCUGCUCUGCCAGGCCAGCUGCAACACCCGGCUGGAUGGGGCGGGGAGGGUAGGGGGCUGCAUCGGCCCCCUGGUGGGCUGCUGGCCUGUGGGCCUCAGACCAGGCACUCCCUCCCAGGACUGAGCAGUGGGGCCUGGGCCCACUGGCCACAUCAGCCAGGCCAUUUUAGCUCCUUUUUUUUUUUUUUUAAACCGUGACCUUGUUAUCCUGUAUAUAAGUGGAGAUUUGGAAAUAAUAAAUCACCAAAGUGCAAGAGAACAA